AUGUCCGUUGCAUCAGAUCAUGAAGGCAUGGGCAUGUCCCUACUGCCACGGGAGAUCUUCUGGAUGAUUUUGAAUCAUCUCAGUCCCAAGGACAUCAUCCGCUGCCGUCGAGUCUCCAAAUCCUGGAACACAGCCUUUCGAAGCGCAGCCAAUCUGACCCCGCUGUUGAAGAAGCUGUUCCCUUUGGCCGGAGAAGUACGAGAAUUAGAGCUCGAGCUCGAUGAUGGCCUUGAUACGGUAGAAGAUGACGACUAUGCAUGCAUGCUUUUCGAUCAGAUCGCCUCGAGAUACGACCAUCUAAGCUGUGCAAAGCCAAAAUCAAUUCACAGGUACAAGCUCUGCGAUGACUUUGGGAUCUCAGGCGAGAGGGAGUGGUUCCCAGUUCAGCCCUGGGAAAACCACGCCAGCCAUCUCAUGCAGCGCGUUGAUCGUACCUUCGACGAGACAUUCUGGUCCUAUGAAGACGGGCUCGUGGUGUACCCGAGUGCGCAUCAUUCGUGCCUCGUCCUGAUGGACUUCGAUACCGACCGACGAUUUAUGGUCCCGUUCCUUAUCACUGGGAAGGUGAUACGCAGAAUUCGCCUGCAGAAGAGGGUUCUUGUCGUCGAAUGGGCGGAACCGAAGGCCUUCCACUGGCUCAAUGACAGCGACGGCGUCCAUCGGCACUUUGCCUCCUCAUUCGAUGUGAGUAAAUCUGGGAGUGGUUGGAGUGUGACAUUCCGAAAUGAGUGGAAGAUCAUGUUCCUCGGUCAUCCUCUCAGCGAGCGAGAUCGAUUCUAUUCCACGCAUAGCCAGACGCACUAUGCGAUCUACAUCUGGCAGCCGAACCGCAGCCUCUACACUGCGGACGAUGAUGCGCCGAUUGAGUCGUUGUCCGUCUGGGAUAUCUCCAAGCCGUCCUCUUAUAUGCCUUCUUUGGACCCCACUGGCCGCUUGCGAGUGGAUUCGGAUGACCGGGGACCUGCAAUUGUUUCUCGAUUUGGUUUCAGAGAACUAGGUUUCUACUCUGUUAGACAGAGAGGACUCCCGGCCGUGCAGUCCCUCAACAUCACCGACGAAGACCAGUCCCUCGAGAUAGUCGAAGGCGAGUGCACCGGUCCAAUGAAUGCUCUCGUUGGGCCAGCCGAAUGGACAUCUCGGGUGCAGGUUACCACCAUUCCGUUGGUUGGGGAGGGUCCCUGCUGGCGACGACGUGCCGAAUUCGCAUUGCCUCCUUAUCGCGGAAAUUGUAGCCUACAGACAAGCCCCAUCACAUUUGCCGUCUGCGACGAGCGCUGGUACGCAAUCAUUUCCGAAACAUACGAUGAAAAAGCUCAAGUAGGAUUCUGUCUGCAUCUGAGUCCACGACAGUGGCCUUUUGACUUAAACAUGUUCUUGACCAUCCGUACGCCGUCAUCUUAUAUCUCCUUAAAGCAAAGAAACAUCUAUGAACUCACUGGGAAAGGGAAGAUCUGCGGAAAUGAAAACUACAUGAUAGGCGAAAACGCCGAUCACGAACUUAUUGUCUACAGAUUCGAUCGAUGA